AUGGCCAGAGACAUCAGAUAUAACGUCAAUAAUACGGCUGCAUUGAUGUCGACCCGUUCAUUGCAGAUACGCACGAAAACACAUGGGCACAGGAUGCAGCUUCUCUCCGAGAGUGCCAGCAAGCAGUCCGGAAAUAUUGGCGCGUUCAACGAAGCUGGUCGUGGCACCGCCCGGCUCUCCAUGUGCGGCUCGAUUGUCACUUUACUCGUCAUUCAGACUCGUUUUGUGCCCUCGAUCAAUUUUCGGUCUUUUUUGCGUCACCAGGCUUGGGCCACUCGCGAUGCAGUGGCUUUGCUCCACCUCGUGUCAGCCGUAAAUUUUGGCUACACCGCGAUUUUACACCCUCAAUGGCAACCAGACUUCUGCGAAAGAUCCACCUUGUCUCUGCCCUCGGCAGCUGGAGCCUUCGCACCAUACCGCAUCGGGUCGGUCGGAAGUCCGUGCUGCUGUACUCGAUACCGCACGUCGUCCGUCCGAACUGUGGACACUUCAGAAGCCAUUCCGAUUGACCACGAUAACAUCUGCCGUCUGGGGGUGCCGAGUCGACUCGCAAUUUCUCCUCGAGCCUGCGGAGGUUCGAGAAAGUUCUUGCGGUGGCUUAGCAAUCGCAUACACAGAGGAUUCCUCGCUGUUCUUGCUCUGACCCAGGCCAUGAUCCCAGACAAUUUCAAGUGGCGUCCUGUUAGGUGUGCGCCUACUGGAUGUGUCAUCGAGCCUCUCCAGGAGGUCUUUGAUCGGCAAACAUGCUGGCUGCUUUCUCUCCAAAUGGGUUUGGCCACCGUGAUCAAGCGUCGAGCGCGCUAA